ACUGAGUCAGCGUUUGAUGGGGCAAUCAGAGCUCAGGCUGUCUCCCGAAGUGCAUAAUUAAUCGAGGUACGAACACGUGCUACAAAGGGUGGGAACAGGGAUCUAUUCCAAUAGAGGCUGCCUACUGUUUAUUCAGCGUGGCACCAAUCUGCGCGCUUCAUCGUCCCAGCCCACGAUGCGGGACAUUGCACCAUUUUCGCGUAUCCGUUCGCGAAGACUGUUUUGGGUUUACGUGUGCCUUGUAUUUGGCUCUUUGACAUAUCUCCUACAUCACCAAACACACAAAUCCCGUAUUGAGCUAGAAGUAGUAGUCACCAGCAACAUCCCCUACCCCGAAGUGCCACAGGAAAAAUUAAAUUCGGUCGAAUCUCUCUUUUCUGCCCUGAUCACCGUCCGUGACCAAGGUGGACACCAUAUCCCCGCGCUUAUGCAUAAUUUGAAUAUGACAAGAUCACUUAUGCGAUGUCUGGAGGCGUCUAAUUGUGAGCCUAAUCAGUUGAAAGUGGUUAUACUUGGUUCCCAGUAUUUUAAUGAUGAGUUGUCGGGUUUCAACGGUGGGGAACACAUCUGGGCAAGAUCCGUUAGAAUAGCGCUUACCAAUUUGAAUUACACCUCAUUAGUUUCCAUGAAUGAUCACGGAGAACUCGAGGGGAGUACGUACUGGAUGUUCCAGCUUGUCCGUAGGCUUGUCAAGGUUGUGAUUGUCAGCCCAGAAUGGGUUUUCAGCUGUGUGAAAGUGGUGGGGUGUAUCUACAGCCCAACUGAAAAUCCUGAUGGGGUGCCGAUUUGGCAAUUGUUCUCAUAUUUCUUUUGGACGAGUCCUAAUCACCCCCUUGGAUCGGGUUGGACCCUCAGUCCGGAGCCUUAUCCGUUGGAACAGGCCUCGUAUGCUCCAAAUUAUUACCUUGGCUAUUCCGUGGAACCCAACUGUUUGAACCACCCAUUUGUUCCACCCCAGGAGAGGGGGAAUAGGAUGUAUGUGAUGGGGAAGUACUUGGAGUACUUCUCUGGUGGCUCAGACAGUGCCUGGGCCGUGGAAUUUUACAAUGACGCUGCAGAAAUUAAUGGCAUAUCCUUUGUCGUCGGUGCAUCCCCGAAUCCCGCAAUUAAGGUCAAGAAUCCUGGCGCAGGCAGCGUUCUCCCUAAAAGCAUUGUUAAUUAUGGUUUGAUGCCGCAGAAGGAGUUCAUGGAUGUGUUAGCGCACUCGCGUAUGCUGGUUGGAGUUGGUAGUCCAUAUACGUCUCCCACACCCUACGAUGCGCUCUGUCUAGGGGUUCCGUUCCUUAACGCUAUCAAAAAUUGGAAUCGUUUAGAUCCUUGGAAUCGAGAUUACUGGGACAUACAACAUGGCUUGCUGAAGCUCCUGGAUCCUCCAUACGUGUAUAAUGUGCACUCGGGGGAUAAGGAAGGUUUCCUUAAGGCAAUAAAAGGCGCGAUGACGAACCCCCUCACUGACAGAUAUAUAUUAGAACGGAUGAUGAUGUCCUCUGUAGAGAAACGUGUACAGAACCUGAUGGAAGCUGAUUGGAGAAGCAAAGCGGAAGAGCUUAUGAAGACGCUGAACGAAACGGGGACCGGCGAGGUAUACAAGUUAUAAAGCUGUAGCGAUAGAUGGGUUGUCUUUUGUUCAUGGAAGUUCCGGUUUUUAUUGGUGACAAUGCAUUAAUGGGAACUCACAUGGGCGUGGUCAUAGUCACCGCAGUUACACAAACUAAAUAUUGUUCCGUCGGAGAGCCCGUACAGUUGCCAGCACAAUUUUCACGCAUGACGCAGUUGAACGGACCUGACCCCCUCCACCGGCACCGAACAGUGGUACUUCUACUAUUAGCAGUGGGGUAUAUUUGGUCAAAUUGCACGUCGGACAAUGCUAGAAACGCUGGAUACCAACAGAAGCUGUGUACUUUCAAUGAAAUAUAU